CCCCCAAUCCUUUGCUGCGUUCCUUUUUUGAUUGUGUGCAUCUGUGUUUCUAUCCAAUGCUUGUAAACACAUUGAAUCAAAUCAGGGAUUUAAUCGGAAGUCGCUUGAGAAUGUUUGUGAUGAUUUCAUCCGAUCCCUAUUUUAACACACCGAAAUGGAAAAUGGAGAGAGAGCGGGGAGGGACAGAGAUGCUUACAAGUGGGGAAGAGCAAUGAUAGGACUUCGGUGAGCCUACUGACCAAGUGAUGCCUUUAUCAUGCGAUCUUUUCAUAGGUCCUCUCCAAUUGUAUAUAGAGAAUUUUACUAUGCUCUUACAUAAAAUAUUAUGAAGAGUAGAAGAAGGAUGCCGGCGAGGAAAAAUCAGAGGCAGCGAAAGUCAUUGUGUUGGGGCGGCGACCUUCCAAGUGAACCUGGAGAUGCGAAAAAGACCAAGUUUGCUCCGGAAGUGCGUAACUGGGUCAGAUGUAGUCCAUAGGUUCUCUAAUUUUUGACGUUCACCCCAGUCCUUCGCUGCUUUCUCUUUUUGAUUAUACGCCCCCAUGUUAAUGUGACCUCCAGAAGUCAUAGGGGAAAAAAUUCCAGGAAUUGUGUGCGAAAAAAAUUGAGACAUUAUGUGUAUGAUCUGAUAAAGAAAAAUAGAUAGAAAUGGAAGAAAACACAACAUUGAAGAACCAUGGACGCACAGUUAACGAUGGAGAAUUGAAAAGUUGUUUAACAUACAAAGGGAAAAAGGAGAAUUCAGAAAACGUAUUGGAAUGGCAAAGCCUGAGUGCCUGACAAUGAGUGAAGGAUUGGGGAAAAAGUCAGAAGUGCUCAAAGUAGAAGUGUGUGAUAAAAUAAGCCAGUUAAAGAGAAAAUGAGCCGUCACUAUUCAUUGCCACAGGAUUAUGAGUCUAGAGCAGAUGACUUUUUUCGGCGCGGCUGAUAGAGUAUUAGGAGAUAUAUAGAUUUAGCCAAUUUUUAUUGACCCGAGUCCAUGGACCUGGGGCAGACAACCAUAGUAAUUAGCAACUCCGUUGGGUUUGGGAGCAGAGAAAAUGGCGCCGUUGAAAUCUCUACAGCAAGAGUAUCCGCUCGUUGAUUCUAGCUUCCAAGCUUUUUGCGCUUCCCACGGCAUUUUCUCAGUGGAAGACUUCCUCCUGUACGAUGUUGAUGUACUGAUUUCUUCUGCGGAUAAGCAGUCCACUUCGCAGAGACUAAAGCAGGGAAUCAAUCAACUACUAUAUAUCAUAGAUGCGUUGCAUCAACCAUUGUUGACUGGUCUGGAUCUGCUUGAAGAUGCUAAACGGAAUAAACAUUCAUUAUCCACCGGAUGUCAAGGGUACCAUUGGAUUGAUGUAUUGCUUGGAGGUGGAUUACGUCAAGGACAAUUAACUGAACUUGUUGGACCAUCUUCAUCUGGAAAAACACAGGCUUGCCUGCAGUUCGCCGCAACUGUUGCAAAGAAGCAUUUGGCCUUUGUCGUAUACUUGGAUACAUGCAAUGCCUUUUCGCCCCAGUGCAUUGCUCAUUUCGUUGGUCGGUCCUCUAGUCCUGUCUUUAAUGAUCAGGCUGAUCACAAACCUCUUCAGAAAGUAUUAGACAGAAUAAUCUGUUAUCCAGUGUUUGACAUUUUUCAAAUGUUCGAUGUGUUGCAUCAGCUGGAGAUCAAUUUGAGAUCUGAGAUGUUCAAGUCAGAUUGUCAAGUUCGAUUGCUUAUUGUAGAUUCAGUUUCUUCGCUGAUCACCCCCAUCCUUGGGGGAGGUGGUCCUCAGGGACACGCUUUGAUGAUAUCUGUUGGGUUUUUACUAAAGAAAUUAGCACAUGAGCAUAAUCUAGCAGUGUUGGUGACUAAUCACGUGGUGGGGGGAGACUCUGGUACUUGCAAACCAGCACUGGGAGAGAGUUGGAAGACUGUCCCACAUGUACGAAUUUUGCUUUCUCGUGAAUGCGAGAGCGACAUAUGCACCUUUUCAAUUCUAAAACAUCCAUCCAUGGCUUCUGGUCGGGCUGCUUCAGAGAUGCACGCCCAUGAUUUGGUUUCUGGUCUCAGCAGCUCACCAUGAAGCAUUAGAGAAGGAAAUAGAAAGACAAACAGAUCCUGCAGAAGAUGGAGAAGUCUGUGAACAAUAAUAAUGACCAUCAGCUCCACUCUCCACCACUGCCACCGAUAACAACGUCAUUGCCAGUGGCGGCACCACCACCAACACAGGCACAACCACCACUAACGCCACUGUGCUCUCAGCCUGUAGGAUGUUUGGACAAGGAACGGCCUAUGAGUUCUCGUGUUUUCCCGCACUUCAAUGUCCACUAUUUUUUUUUUUUGGGGGCCUCUGACAUUUUCAUGAGCUAUGAAGUAAAUUUAAUUUGUUUGAAUAAAUUGAAGGGGAAAAAGUAAUUAUUACUUCGGAUUAAUUUGGUUGGGAAUUUAGUUAUUGCACAUUAAAUAAUAACAAAAUAAAAUACAUACA